AUGUCUCUCCAGUUUUCUCAACAGGCACCAUGGAGGAACAACAACAUCACCUUUCUGAACAAAGAGCCUCCUGUCUCAGAACAAGGAGAGACUAUUAUAGGCUUCUACCUACUGGCUUUAGGAUGGAUGUCUUGGUUUGGAAACAGCAUUGUGAUUUUUGUACUCUAUAAGCAGAGAGCUGUCCUGCAGCCCACCGAUUAUCUUACAUUUAAUCUGGCUGUAUCAGACGCAAGUGUGUCUGUGUUUGGUUAUUCCCGAGGGAUCAUUGAAAUCUUCAAUGUCUUUAAAGAUGAUGGAUUCCUCAUCACAUCGAUAUGGACAUGCCAGAUUGAUGGAUUUCUGACACUUCUGUUUGGCCUGGCUAGCAUUAAUACCCUUACAGUGAUCAGUGUGACUCGCUACAUAAAGGGCUGCCAUCCAGACAGAGGGCAUUGCAUUAGCAACAGCAGCAUCACUGUGGCCCUGGUUCUCAUCUGGAUAGCAUCUUUCUUCUGGUCAGUGGCUCCAAUACUUGGAUGGGGCAGUUAUACAGAUCGCAUGUAUGGCACAUGUGAGAUAGACUGGGCAAAAGCCAACUUCUCUACAAUCUACAAGUCCUACAUUGUGUCUAUAUUUAUCUGCUGUUUCUUUCUACCUGUGAUUGUCAUGGUCUUCUCAUAUGUGUCCAUCAUCAAUACUGUCAAGUCAAGCCAUGCACUAACUGGAAUGGGUGAUCCAACAGAUAGGCAGAGGCGAAUGGAGCGAAAUGUCACUCGGGUUUCUAUUGUCAUUUGCACAGCCUUUAUUAUAGCAUGGUCUCCAUAUGCUGUCAUCUCAAUCUGGUCUGCCUGUGGCUACUCUGUGCCCAAUUUAACCAGUAUCUUUGCCAGUCUGUUUGCCAAGUCUGCCAGCUUCUACAACCCCAUUAUCUACUUUGGAAUGAGCUCCAAAUUCCGAAGGGACAUUUUUGUCUUGCUGCAUUGUGCUAAGGAGACUAAGGACCCCGUGAAGCUCAAACGCUUCAAAAACCUCAAGCAGAAGCAGGAGCCUUCUCCUUCUCAGAGAGAAGAGAAAUAUGCAGCGGCGGUCCAGCCUGCAGCCAGUCCUGAUUCUGGGGUAGGGAGUCCAACCAACACCCCACCUCCCAAAAACAGGGAAGUGUAUUUUGGUACCUUUGAUUCUGCAUCUACCAACCCUGAUAUUGAAUGUGAUAGACUGUAA